AUGGCAUCCUCACGAACGAUCCGUCCGAUACACCACCUAUCCAGACCGGCUCCGUAUGUCAAAAGCAGCCGACGACAGUACAAAAGCUGUGAUCACUGUCGUCGAAACCGUCGCGCUUGUGAUGCUGCAGCUUUGGGUGUGAAUAUUUUUCUAGGGGGUAAUGAUUAUGAUGAGAAUGCUCCUAGGGCAUGCUCGUCGUGUACCCGUUCGCAAAAGCAAUGUACUUUCAAUUGGCUCCUAAGUCGACCGAAAAGCGUCUUGCCUCGAAGCGUAAAGCGCAAAAUCGAUGCUUGCACUACCGCCGCAGAUCUUACAAUCAGCACGUCGUCUGCUGAAGCUGCAGCAAUAGACGAGCCGGCUUAUUCCAACUUCAAUGCUGGCGACCUCGAGUUGAGCGGUGUUGAACUGGAUGAAACCGCUGUUCCAGGUCUAAACGAGCACAUCCAUCAAUUCGGCAUGGCUUCGCAGUGGGAGCACCAGCCGCUCAAAUCACAAUAUACACAUCCUAGCUUCACAACAACGUCCCUUUCCCCAGGAUACACAUUCGCUUUAGAUAACUCUACUCCAUCAUUACGUUGUGAUCAGCUUAAAGGUUUUGGAUCAACAAGGCAGGAGGGAUGGGAGUUAGAUAUAUUUCACUAUCAUGAUGACACAGCUGCAACUGCGUCAUCGCUUUUAGAGCCUAGCAGCAGUCACUCGGGGCAUCCAAGCCAAUCGGACUAUUGUAUCAUAGAAAAUGACGGUCUUUCAAUCGAUGAUACAAUAGGUCAGGGCGGCCUCCCUGGAGCGGCAGGCGCAUUUGUCAACGGCAAUGAUGAGAUGUUCGACCCAUUCAAUCCUCUGCAGGAAAGCAUCUCACAGGGCACGAAUAAAUCGCUUAUCUCUGCAAAUUUAUUGCGCAUCUACUAUGAUAGCAUCGAGAACGCUCUCUCUUGUUGGGUGACCGAGAGUAAUUGUCCUUACCAGAAACUGAAGCGCAGAGAGCAUGAAUUAGUACAUCCGGGCCUGAACCAAAAGACUAAAGUGGGUAGGGGUUUCAGCAUCUACGCACGAGUUUGUCAGCUUGAUGAAGCAUUUGUUCCUUUUCAUAGCCCAUCGAUGACGAAAGCCGACAGCCUCAAAGCGACGAAAGCUCUUUAUGCUGCUGUACUGGCUUUUGCCAGUCAGUGGUCCCACGUGAGAAACACGAAUAGCUUAUUCGACGAUGCCAAUAGCGCUUUGGGUCUAUCGCUGGCCACGUCUACGACCUUUGACGGGUUUGCAGCACCCUUCGAAGCCCUAGUCCAGCAGAGCGUUUGGCAUGAAUGCCGAAACUCUCUUCUUGCGUGUGAUGAUUCGGAUUCUUUCAAGGUUAUUUUUGCACGAAUGAUAUUUUCUAUGACACAGCAACCACCCGCUGUCGGGGAUCGUGAGAAGAUGCUGGAAUCUCAAAUUUGGUCCCAACACCUAGCCCCUGACCGUUGCAGGGUUCAAUUCCCGAGCAGAGCAGCAAAUCUCAGGACAACUGAUUUGCACUCACCAAGCUUCAAUCCUGGAGAUAUGAGCGGUCUGGAGGCCCGCAGUUUGGCACAAAUCAACGCCGUCAAGGACUGGGAUAGCCGGCCAACUUACUUAGAGACGGCACUUCGCUACCUUGCCUCGUGGCGACGGAGAAUAGCAGCACAGGGUUCUUCGCAAACGUAUACAAGAUCGAGUGCUCAAUCAGCGCAGAUGUCUCGUGCGAUAGUCUUGCAGAGUUUCGAUCUGCUUUUCUGGCUGGGUGUCAUGUGCGACACCACGUCGUCUGCGCUCACUCAGCGCCCUCUCGUAAUCGCUGAACACGAUUGUGAACUUCCAAAGAUCACGACUAGCCAAGCCCUACCUGUAUACCAAACCGCCUAUGCGCAUAUGUCAACCACGUACGGCGUCGGCGACACCAAUAGAACAGGUACUACGCCUGAACUGUGGGGGACGUAUCUCUUGAGCUCCCCGCGUCUCAGCGGUGAUAAGGCUCGAUGGCCUUGUAGCGCAGAUGAGGCAUUUGCAAUCUUACAGGAAGCGAUCCCUGUCAAGGUCUUGUUGUGGCGGAGAGUUGCAAGGCUCCAGACUCUCACAAAUGCGCGGACUGGCGAGAGGGACAUCGAAGGUGUGAUUUCUGCAACACUAUCCGUUUAUCAACAUUGGACUGUGGCUUACGGCCAGUUUAUGCGAGACUGCAUAACCAAUCACGAGAGCCUACCAGCCAAGGUACAGUCCUGGUAUGUUAUACUUGGCAUGCACUGGCAUUUAGGCUGCCUAUUGGCUGCCACGUGUAUUGAACAAGUUGAUAACGACUCACUGUCAGAAAGCUUACAGAGAUCACUCCGACGAUCAUCUGGCCUUGUCCUGGAGUUGAAAAAGGCCAAUGGCAACGCAAUAUCAGAUUUGGCUCGAGUGUCUUGUUCCAGUGACCAUCAAACGUUCCGAGACAGUGCUGAAUUUCAUCCUGCGUUGAGUGACACUCCUUUACUCACAGAGCCAUGGACGAAUGUGCUCGUGCAGGCUCUCGAAAAGGCAUGUAGCGUCUUUCUUACAUGGACUUCAAGUCGGCGCCACAUGGUCGACGAGCAGCAUGCUUGGGUAUAUCACAAUACCAACUACUCAGAUCUUUGCAGUCGUGCUUCCCACUGCAUUGACGCACUGAAACUGCUUGGACGCAAGUCGUAUGCGGCCAGUUUGACCGCCGCUGCAUUGGAAACACAGCUUACUUUGGUCACGAGCGACCAAUGA